GGUCCAAUCCCUCCUGGGGAAGGAGACAUGCCCCCAGCUGCCUCCUUCCAGAAUCCCAGCCUCCACCUCCUGGAAGCCUUCCCCAUGGGUCCCGCCUGCCCAGGGCUGCUGGGUUAGAUGAGCUCAUCUAGCUCUCCCUGUUUUUCCUGCCUCGAGUGGAGCCCGGAGCUCCCCUUGGACAUUCCUGAACACCCAGGAGGUAGAGGCCACAGAUGUUAUCAGGAGCCCGCGGAGGCCUCGGAGCGGCUGUGGCGCCGCCAGCGCUGGCGUGUGGACUCCCGGCCCCCAAACCAGUCUCCAGGAGGAGGCACGUUCCGGUGUGAGAAGCUGCCGUGCCCGGUUCGGUCCACACCCGCCCGCGGACCCAGGGCCCGCCGUGCCCUGGUCACCUUGUCCCCGAAGCCACCCGCUGCCCUCGGCCCAAGGCGACCCCUGCGACGCGAGGUCGGCCCUGCUGGCCCCUCGCUCCUCGCGUCGGGCACCCUUCGCACCCGCACCCGCACCCAAACCCGCACCCAAACCCCCCGCCCCGGAGGCCCUCGGCCACAGGCCCCGCGGACCCACCAGGCCGCCCUGCGCGCGUCCCCCGGCACCUGGACGAGUGGUGGUGAUGGUGAUGUGGAUGUGAUGGAGGUGGAGGCAGAGAUGCUGGCAGUGGUGAAGACAAUGGUAGUGGUGAUGCAGGUGGAGAUGCGGUAG